AUGCCAAAGUAUAAUGAAAAGGAUAAUAAAGGUUCCGACGAUUUGGCAGAUUUCAAAUUACCUUUUCCCCCAAGGAUCACGGCUCUCGAGGUGGUCUCUUUGAACAAAAAGAAGGGUAAAAAACCUUCAAAGUCCUCAAACGCUUUUAUGAUCUAUCGAAAAGUUUUUUCUAAAGAAGUGGCAAAAAACCAUCGGUUCCAACAGAAGAGAAUUUCUCCCAUUUGUGGUGAUUUCUGGAGACGUGAGCCAGAGCAUGUUAAAUACGAAUAUCAUAAAUUGGCGAAAGAAGUUGACAAAUUAUUCUUGCAAUUACGCGAAGAAACUUCACUUCAAGACAGAAUCGAAUGGAACAUGAAAGCCGAUCCGCAAAUAACUCUACAAAGGUUGGAACAACCGUUUCCUUCGAACGAGCCAGGACCAUCUAUAGAAUAUUAUUUGAAAGAAUUCGACAACUUGGAUCAUAAUUCAUGUAUUCCAGAUCCAUGUGAUAGUUAUGAAAAUUUCGAAUUAAAUUAUCCGAUCGCUCCAAUUUAUCCGAACGUAAACCUUCCUUUAGUGGAGGACCCGACGUUCAACCCGUAUUAUGAUUGGAACCUUGCGCAAUAUGGUCUUGCGCAAUAUGAAUCGCAACUUCCGUCUUACGAGAUUUUUCCCGAACUUUAA